AUGAAAGACACCUUGGAACGUGACUGCAUCUCAAAAAAAGAACUGCUUUCUCUUUUAGGACAUCUAAAUUUCGCUAUGUGGAUCACUCCGCAAGGUCGCGCUUUCAUUUCUAGGCUCCUUGACAUUUCAGAAUCAGCUGAGAAUCUGCACGAUUCUAUCAAGUUGGAUGCAGGCUGCAAAUCCGAACUGCAUUUCUGGUCCCUCUUAUGCGCAGGAUGGAACGGAAUUUCUUUUUUCUACAACGAUGAGGUAGAGACUUCCGUCGCGCUCAAAUUCUUUACCAACGUCGCUCCUUCAAGAGGAUUCGGAGGCCUUUUUAAUAAUCAGUGGUUCGCCAGCUCUUGGCCAAAAGAAUUGUCAACUCUUCCCCCCAAUGCUCUCUCUACAGCUUUGUUAGAAUUAUAUCCCAUUGUCAAGGCGUGCAUCCUCUGGGGUAACCUGUGGUUCAGGAAACAAAUUCUCGUGUACUGCAAUAACGAAGCAACUGUCCACAUCAUUAACAAAGUGUGUUCCUCAGUCCUCUUCAUUAACAAGUUUCUAAGGCGCCUUACGUGGACAUGCAUUACCAGCAACUUCAUACUGCGCGCGGCUCACAUACCCGGCCUUGACAAUAAAAUAGCUGACUGUCUGUCUCGUUUUAAAUUUCAGGAGUUCAAAGCACUGUGCCCAGAUGCCUCUCCUUCAAGCCUGCGUUGCCCAGCAUUUGCCCUGACCAUCCUCGACUAA